AAACGAUCGAGAAAAGAUAAUGACAGACAGACAGAUGGAGGAAAGAGAACUCAAGUGUGGGUGGAAUAGUUCGUAGAUCCAACGAAGAGAGCGCUGCUUUGCUCGGUUUGUGCGGAGAUACGACCCUUCAAACUCGAAGGCGGCUCAUUCGGUCGGUGUUUACCGCCACCGGGCAGAUCGUGCGCGCUUUUACGUGGCUGCGAUCGCCGUCGGCGACGUCAGUGACGAGAACUCGUGGAUUUUGUCGAAGCAAAAUCAAUCGUCAAUCGAUCUUACGCGACGCAGUGCGAACCCGCGACGGAGUUCUCAGUUAUUAAAAAAAAAGCGUUUUAGUUUAUUAAAUAAAAAAAAUAAUUAAAACAUUAAAAACAAAGUUUUAACAAAAGAUUCGUGUUUUUUCCUAAGAUUGUUUUCGCCGCGCGGACGUGACGAGGCGAAGCGAUAGUUCUCUGGUGAAAGCACCCGGCUCGAUCAUUUCGAUCGCCCCGCGGAACUUUCGCGCUGUUAGGCGCGGUAAUAAAAUGCGAGCCUCGGGCGUGCUCGCGCCGCUUCAACGGAUUUCCGAACGGGAGACUCGCGAGUGAACGUUCCGCGAUUACGAGUGAUUUGCCCCGAUCGAUCCCGUCGAUGGCGAAAUCCGCGGCAGAGAAUGGUGCGUUUAUCUACGAGCGGGAUCUAUGACUUGGCGAACGUAUAGGCGCGGGUGUGUUAACGGAUCUGUAUCUCCGCGCGAAUUGUGCUCUCGAUCCUCGAUACCGCGCGCACGUGUACACUUCACGUGUCGAUUAGGCGCGCUCGCGCGCAGAUCAUUUUCUUCGAAGGACGUAAGUCGGCUGACUUGAGAAUCCGCAUGGGAAACUUGGACUGCAAAAUCCCCACGAAUAUUCGAACCUAAUCCUCAUAAAUAUUCGACCUGUCGUCACACCUUAACAUGAUUAGUAAGCGUCGGAUUAUCGGUUCCGUCACGUCAUAAGUCCCCAAGCGUUCGCCAAAUCCGUGUAUCUUUCGAUCUUGCGCGAUCGUCGGAAAGCAGUCGCCCUCGGACGAAUCUCUUCCCCGAGUCAGUCGACGGAAGAUGCCUUGAUCGAAUCCUCUCUGGUCCCCGCAAAGAUGACGCCCGAUCGCUCGAUCCAUUUUCCGGUGCUCCUCCUCUUCACCUGCGUUUCUCGCGCCUUCGUCCUCGGCGAGCAGCAAUUCCUCGAGAAGCCGCCGCCCUACCAGGAAGUGUCGUCCGGCGACGAUGUGCGGUUGCGUUGUAUAGUGCAGGACAAGGGUGGCGAGUGCAUCUGGCAAAAGGAUCGGAGGCCGGUGGGCAAACACCCGGACAAGUACGAGUGGGCGAGCGGCCGCGGCGGCGGCGAUUGCACCCUUCUGAUAAAACGCGCAAAUCUGACCUUCGACGACGGCGAUUGGGAAUGCCAGGUCACCUCCAGCGACUUCACCCGCCAAGACGCGCUCUCGUCGGACAAGUCCAGGCUGGUUGUCAGAGUAAAACCCCACAAACCUCAACUGGAAUACGCGAGGGUCCCUUUGGGCGCCACCCUAACGCUGAAGGAGGGGCAGGAAGUAAAGAUUUCCUGUGUGUCGAGAUACGGAAAUCCAGUCGCUCUCAUCAAGUGGUUUAUAGGGGACAAGGAGGUGGAACCCGAAUCGGCGCAGAGCAACGCAACGGAGGUGGAUAAUCCGAAGACCUGGGUAGCUCACAGUGUUCUACGGGUGCAUGGUCAGAGGGAGAAUCACGGUCUACCGAUCCGAUGUGUGACCAUGCAUCCGACGAGCAGCGCACCGAUCAGCGCAGAGACACGACUAGACGUUUACUAUUCGCCGGAAGUGCGACUCGAGAUGAAUCCGCAGCCGCUCACAGUCGCUCCGGAGGAUACAGUGAGCCACUUGAACCUGAGGUGCCUGGCGGACGCCAAUCCGACCCCAAGCAUCAAGUGGUACAAAGACUCGAUGCCGCUCACCGCGUCCUCGCCGUCGGCGUUGCCAAAGCCGGGCAAAACGACGCUGUUAAACGGAACCGUGUGGGUCUCCGAAUUGAGCUUUGAUCCGGUCAUAAGGUCCGACGCCGGCCUGUACUCAUGCAAGGCGACGAACGACGUCAGUGAAAGCGUACCCGCGAGUUACAGGCUCGAUGUGCAAUAUAAACCACAGUUGAAGAACAAAGGAAAUGGCACAUUCCCAAACGUGCAAACGGCGAUGUUAAACUCCACCGUGGAGGCCUUCGAGUGCCCCGAAUACGAGGCGAAUCCACCUGCUCAAUAUACAUGGGUGCAUCUCCGCGGUAGCUUGAAAGAGACGAUCGAGAACCGUGUGCAGAAUAAAGGCGACGGCCGACGUCUGUACCUUCAGAAUAUCAUGUGGUCCGACGAAGGCGAAUACCGUUGCAACGCCUUCAACACGAUCAACGGCGUUAGGCAAGAGUCGACCGUCUGCGACACGUGCAGCUACGUGCUGCACGUGAACGGACCGCCGGAAAUCCAGACCACUGGCGGUCGAGACUUCUACGAGUCCGUCGGAUGGGCCGGGGAGCCCGUGCACAGGCUCAAAUCUCGAUUCUGCUCGCUACCGUCACCGAAACUAGUCGCCUGGCAGUGGGGCAGUUCUCACAUUCGAGCCGGAGAGAGCAUUCAUCCGAAGUACGAGGCUCUGCCGUUGGAGCGGAUCGUCGAGAAUAAGAUGGGGACCAGCUGUUACUGGGCCAAGCUGGAGAUUAAGGAGCUGCGGAAGGAAGACUCUCGGAUGUACACUUUAUUAGUGGAGAGCGACAAGGGCCGGGACUCGACGAACAUCAUGUUGAUAGUGAGAGACCCCACAGAGAUGCGCGUGAUAGCCGCGGCCGUGGCGGUCGGUCUGUUAUUCCUGCUGCUGCUGGUCUCCGUCAGCGUGUACUCGUUGCUGAAGCUGCGACGUGGACGGUACCGGCAGAAGGUGGAGGAGGAGGGCAGCAUCGCGGCCGACGCGCUCUAUGGGAACGGCGCGUCGUUGGACCAGCAGAAGUCUAUCAAUUCGUCCCACGCGAAGACUUUCGCCAGAAAGUCCAGCUUAGACGGCAACCAGAGCGUGUACGAUUAUAGCCGCAUCGCGAAGCAGACGCGUGCCAUGAGCCCGGAAGCAUUGAAGGUCAGGAGAGCACCCAUGGUCCUACAGCCGCCCACCAUCGUGUAAAAUAUGCGGACUUCCGUCUCUCCCAUUGAUAUCGAAUCCCCUCCCUUAUCGUCGAAUCUUGCUCCUCUCAGCAAUAGAUUCUACCUUUGUUGUAGUCGUAUCUCUUUCUAUUAUUCUUACAUCAGUCUACUUCCUUCUUGAGAUAUUUUUACGACUUACUCUAGAUUAUACAUAUGUGUAAAAUCAGAGAUACUUUUUAAUUACUUUAAUGACGUGAUACGCAAUGUGUAUAUUUGUAUCGAAUGUUAUAGUCUGAUAUUUAUAUCGAGACCUUAACACAAGUGUUCUCGCAAGACUGCCAACUGUUGUUGCGUAUCUUUGUAUCGUUAAAAAUUUUUUAAAUCUUUUUUUUCUACAUUUAAGUUAUUUAUUAUACCGUGUUGUUCAUAGUAUUUUACCGUGGUAAGGCAACAAUAGCAAUCUGUCCAUUCGAAAUGCAGGCACGUCGUGAUAAAUAUUGUAUGAAGAACUCGCGUACCGGUGCAAAGUAUAGUCCACGUCGUCGAAGCGGAACGAAGCGUAACUUUAAUAGCGGUCGCAUCUCAGUGAUUUUAAUGGCGGUUGCGCGACGAGGCGGGAUCAGUGCAAAACUGGACCUCACGGAAACUGUUAUAUACAGUUCCCGAUUUUGAUACUUCAACCAAGAUGGAAUGUAGAAAGAAAUUCUACGAGCCUCUUAUUUCGAGAAUGGCGCAAAACAUUAUUUCGACUUUACAUAUGUUCGAAAUAGAUGAC